AUGGCCGUUACUCAAACUCAAGCUAUUGCCCAAGUUGUGGAGCAAGUUGGAGGCUCUGUCUUUGUGACACAACCAGCAAAGGCAAUCCCUUCGCCCUUUGUGUCGCUUUUACCCAAGUCCCAAUCGUUGGUUGAUUCUCAUGAACCAUUACUGUUGGUGGCCAACUACAUCGAAGAGCAAGAAGAACAAGAAGAACAAGAAACCAAAGAAGUGGUGACCAUCACAACAAAUGCCAAAACUUUGUACGACAACUUGCCCUUGUUGUCCCGUCCAGCUUACACAUCUUCGCCAGUGGUUGUUCACGUUGAAUUAUCGUCUUUCGACUACGAGAUUGUCACAGCCUUAACCAACUCGCCAUAUGUUGUAUUGGUUUCCCAGACUCCAAAAGAUGCAGCUCGGUACUCACAGGCUGCCUAUGCAAUUGCCGUGUCUCAGAAACAGACCGCUUUCCACUUUUAUGCACCCUCUAAUGUUCAGGAAUCCAUCAAGUUGAAUAACGUAUCUUCUUUGGACUUUUCAUCCAUCGCUGAAGUUUUGGAAGCCUACAAGAUCUCCCCUUUUUCUAUUCUAAAUAAGGUUUCCAAGGCCAAAGACGCAGUGGUCUAUUUAGGCCAGGUUUCUUCUGAGCUCACUUCUGCUGCAUCUUCUGCAAAGGCCGCGUUGAUCUCAGUUAACGUUUAUCAGCCUUUCGACGUGGAGUAUUUAUUGUCGAUAAUCCCAUCAAGCAUCGAAACAUUAACUUUUGUUGAACAGUCUUCAAAGGUUGCCGCAUUUUCGCCUAUGCUUUUGGAAUUUUUCAAACGCUACUCUAGCCUUCAUCACUUGAAGAGCUUUUCUAAAGUGGUUGGUGCAAGAUUUGGAUAUGUUUCCCCUGAAAAGUACAAUGUCGCUGUCUCUAAUCUUUUGGCUAAUACCAGGUCCGAUGCUCCAAUCCAAAACUUGUCCUUUGGCAAGUUGACCGAAUUGUCAACUAAGGCUAACCAACAAAAACAAUUGGAGAAAGAUGCUGGAAUUCAAAACGUAUACAAGUUGGAGCAAGCCUACCUCAAAGUAUUGGCUCAAGUGAAUGCUGACUCCAAGGUUUUGAACGAUUUAUCUUCUGAAAAUGUGGGCGCAACCAACCCAGAAUUUGGCUUUGGUUCUUUCUUGCGUUUCAAAGAAAAGCAAAACGAAUUGGUGGACGUGGUCUCUUCAGCCGUGCAAGCAGGUGCUUUCAGUACAGUUUACAAUGAAAGCUUGAUUGAAAACUUGUCGCAAUGGUUGGUUCAGACUAAGCAAGGGAAACCUUCUAAUAAUGUUCCAGAAAUAUUGAAAUUAUUGACCAGUGACAACUCUGAAGCUGCAAAAGAUAUCCUUUCUCUUAAGGAAUACCUUGCUGUGUCUUCUAACUGGUUGGUGGGAUCCGAUGCAUGGGCUUACGAUUUGGGAUCAUCUGGUGUCCACCACGUUAUUUCGUCAGGUGAAAACAUCAAUAUGUUGGUGAUCGAGUCCGAGCCAUAUGCGAAGAAGAAAUUGAGUGUCCGUAAGAAAGAUAUUGGUUUGUAUGCCAUGAACUACGGCAAUUGUUAUGUGGCUUCUGUUGCUAUUUAUUCUUCUUACACGCAAGUGUUGCAAGCACUUAUUGAGGCUGAGAAGUUCGAGGGCCCUUCUAUCGUGUUAGCAUACUUGCCAUACGAAUCUGAGAACACCGACAUCUUGAGUAUCUUGAAGGAUACUAAGAGUGCUGUUGAUUCUGGUCACUGGCCUCUUUACAGAUACAAUCCAUCAAUUGAAGAUGACAAGGAAAAAUUCAAGUUGGACUCGUCUUCUUUGAGAAAUCAAUUGAAAGACUUUUUAGACCGUGAGAACAAGUUGACCUUGUUGGCUUCCAAGAAUCCUGAGCUUCUGCGGAACUUGACAGCUACUGCCAAUUCUCACAUCAAGAAGCAACAAGCUAAGGUGGAGAACGACUCCUUCCAGCAAUUGUUGCAAGGAUUGUCUGGUCCACCAUUGACCAUCGGAUUUGCUUCUGAUGGUGGAAAUGCAGAGGCUGUUGCUAAAAAGAUCAACAGACAAGCUUUGGCUAGAGGAUUGAAGUCAGUCGUUUUGUCCAUGGAUGACAUUUCUGUUGAGGAUUUGCCUACUGAAACAAAUGUGAUUUUUGUGACUUCCACUGCCGGACAAGGUGAGUUCCCUAACAAUGGAAAAGCAUUCUGGGAUGAAUUGAAACAAUCACAAGACUUGGACUUGUCCCCUAUUAGAUUCUCUGUUUUCGGUUUGGGUGACUCUAAGUACUGGCCUAGAAAGGAAGACAAGCACUACUACAACAAACCUGCUACCGAUUUGUACGCCAAAUUAAAGCUCUAUGGUGCCGUUGAGUUGGCUGAAUUGGGCUUGGGUGAUGAUCAAGAUCCUGAUGGAUUCAGCACCGGUUAUGAUGCAUGGCUUCCAAAAAUUUGGACUGCGUUGGGUGUUGACAACAUAGAAGGUGUUGAAGAGCCAAAGCCAUUGACUAAUGAGGACAUGAAAAUCCAAUCCGACUACUUGAGAGGAACCAUUGUCGAAGGCUUGCAAGAUCAGUCUACUGGAGCUAUUUGUGCUGUUGAUCAACAGUUGACCAAAUUCCAUGGUAUUUACAUGCAAGAUGACCGUGAUAUUAGAGAAGAAAGAAAGUCACAGGGCAAGGAACCCGCUUACUCCUUUAUGGUCCGUCUUAGAUUGCCAGGUGGUGCUGCCUCGCCAUAUCAGUAUUUGAGGUUGGACGAGCUUGCUGACCAAAGAGGUAACGGAACAUUGAAGAUUACCACAAGAGCGACAUUCCAAUUGCACGGUGUGGUCAAGCACGACUUGAAACCAGCUAUUAGAGGCAUGAAUGCUGUUUUGUUGGACACAUUGGCAGCUUGUGGUGACGUCAACAGAAAUGUGAUGAUUUCGGCACUUCCAGAAAAUGCCAAGGUGCACCUGCAAAUUGCUCAAGUGGGCACUUUGAUUUCUGAGCACUUGUUACCACAGACCACCGCGUACCACGAGAUUUGGUUGGAAGGUUCCGAUGAGGGAGACAAACCAGGAGAUUCCGAGGCUUGGAGCAAGAGAAAAGAUGGACCUGUUAAAAAGAAAACCAUGGUUGCAGGUAACGCUUUAGUUGACUAUGAGCCUAUGUAUGGCCCAACGUACUUGCCAAGAAAGUUCAAGAUCGUCAUCACUGUUCCACCUUACAAUGACGUCGAUGUAUAUGCGCAUGACAUUGGUUUGAUUGCCAUUGUUGAGAAUGACGAAGUUGUUGGAUUUAAUCUUCUUGCUGGCGGUGGUAUGGGCUCCACUCAUAACAACACCAAGACUUACCCAAGAACUGGAUCUAUGAUGGGCUACGUAUCCAAGGAAAAGGUCCAUCUUGCGUGCGAGCAAAUUAUGUUGGUGCAAAGAGACUUUGGAGACAGGACUAACAGAAAGCAUGCUAGAUUGAAGUACACUAUAGAUGAUAUCGGAGUUGACGAAUUCAGAGCUAAAGUCGAAGAAUACUGGGGUGAUAAGUUUGAAGAGCCUAGACCUUUUGAAAUCAAAAGCAAUAUUGACUACUUCGGUUGGGUUAAGGAUGAAGAGGGCUUCAAUCAUUUUACAGCAUUCAUUGAGAACGGUAGAAUCGAAGAUACUCCAGAAUUACCACAAAAGUCCGGUUUAAAGAAGAUUGCCGAGUAUUUGCUUGAAAACGGAAAGCCUGGUGAAUUCAGAUUGACUGGUAACCAGCAUCUUCUUAUCUCAAAGAUUGCAGACGAGGACUUAGACACUGUGAAAUCUUUGCUCGCUCAGUACAAGUUGGACAACACCGAUUUUUCGGGGUUGAGAUUGUCUUCUUCAUCAUGUGUUGCUUUGCCAACAUGUGGAUUGGCAAUGGCCGAGUCCGAACGGUACUUGCCUGAAUUGAUUUCCAAGUUGGAGGCUGCUUUGGAAGAGUACGGUUUGAGACAUGACUCUGUUGUUAUGAGAAUGACCGGUUGUCCUAACGGUUGCGCUCGUCCUUGGUUAGCGGAAGUGGCUUUGGUUGGUAAAGCCAUGGGUGCGUACAACUUGAUGUUGGGUGGAGGCCAUCACGGCCAGAGAUUGAACAAGAUUUACAGAUACUCCAUUAAGGAAGAUGAGAUCAUGGACAUCUUGAAGCCAUUAUUCAAGAAAUGGAGUUUGGAGAGACAUGAAGGUGAGCCAUUCGGCGAUUUCUGUAUUAGAAUUGGUGUGAUCAAGGAAACCACCGAAGGCAAGUACUUCCAUGAAGGUAUUCCUGAGGACGCUUAG